AUGGGUAGUGCCAAGUGCACCCCCCCUAAAAGGCGACCGGACAAACGGCGGGAGGCUCUCCCGGCGACAGGGGCCGCGAAAGUGCCUCGGCCAGUUAGUCUAGCCGAGAUCACAGCGGCGUCCUCCGACACUCGCAAGCGCGGGGCAGAGGAUAGGGGGACCCCGACGGAGGCCCCCGAGGGCCCGGCCUGCAGCCGUCACACCCCCCGCUUCCUUAGCGGAGGUAGUGAUGGCGGAACCCGGGGGCAUAUAAACAAAUGCCCUCUGGGUAUACUGCAGGCCAAUCUGAACCACGCUCGCCGGGCGCAGGAUCUGUUCCUGCAUAGCCUGGCUGAGCGUGGUUUCGGAUUAGGGAUCGCGGCGGAGCCAUACCAAGUUCCGGAAGCCAGUCCAUGUUGGAUUGGCGACCGGACAGGCUCCGUUGCGAUCACGUGGAGGAAUGACCCCACACUCCCGCCUUGCACACCGGUUGAGGCCGGGGCAAGAGUUGUGGUGGUCAGAUGGGGGCCCAUCUCAGUGCUGGGGUGUUACAUCUCCCCGAACGUGGGCCUCGCCCAGUAUGAGGCGUUUUUGGACGGGGUGUCGGCCUGUUUCCGCCGACAGAUGCCCCGUCCAAUCAUAGUGGCCGGGGACUUCAACGCAAAAUCGACGCGUUGGGGUUCCCGGUUCACAGACGCCAGGGGCGAGGCCCUGCAGGAUUGGGCGGCGGCACUCGGCCUGUGUCUCAUAAACACGGGGUCGAGGAGCACCCUAGUGCGGUGGGAGUCGGUCCCGGAUCUGACAUGGGCCACCCCCUCCGCCGCACGUAUGAUCGUAAGUUAG